UCUCUCAUAUAAAUCUCUCUCGCACGCACACUAGCUGGUUGCCUUUAAGACCAAGAAAGCUCUAAAGCCUUGCAAUGGAUCCGUGCCCUUUUGUGCGGAUCCUCGUUGGAAACCUAGCCCUGAAGUAUCCAAUAGCCUCCUCCAAGGCUUCCUUCUCCGGCGUACACCCAUCCACGUCCCCGUGCUUCUGCAAGAUCAAACUCAAGAACUUCCCUACCCAGUGCGCAACGGUCCCUCUGAUCCUGCAAGAAAGCCAAACCCACUCCUCCCACGAUCGCGCCCCGGCCGCUUGCUUCACUUUGAACAAGACCCAUAUCGACAAUUACAAACUCGUCGAGAAUGGCAAGAACCCGGUCUUGCAGAUUGCGGUCUACGCGGGGCGGAGAGGGACGGCGUGUGGAUUAAUGAACAGUGGGAAGUUGUUGGGGACUGUCACGGUGGAGGUGGAUCUGCGCGCAGUGGAGACGAGGGCUAGUAACAUCCACAAGGGCUGGGUUGGUAUCGGAGGGAAAUGCAAGAAAGGUUCGUUGGCGGCGCAGUUGCACUUGAGCGUUAGCGCCGAGCCUGAUCCAAGAUUCGUGUUCCAGUUCGACGGAGAGCCGGAAUGCAGUCCUCAGGUGUUUCAGGUCCGCGGGGAUGUCAGGCAGGCUGUAUUUUCUUGCAAGUUCGGUUUCAAGAACGCCAACGACCGAAGUUCGCUAUCUGGGCCAUCGAUGAGCGAACCAAGCACAUCAAGAAGUUGCUUAAUGGGCUCACACUCUCGGAAGGACAGAGACAUCGGAAAACAGAGAAAGGGAUGGCAGAUAACCGUCCACGACCUCCCGGGCUCAACAGUGGCCAUGGCUUCCAUGGUCACCCCGUUCGUGCCAUCCCAAGGGUCCGACCAUGUCAGCCAGUCCAACCCCGGCGCGUGGCUCAUCCUCCGCCCAAGCGACGGCGCGUGGAACCCGUGGGGUCGCCUAGAGGCGUGGCGCGAAUGCGGUGGGUCCGACUCCGUCGGCUACCGCUUCCAUCUCCUCAUCGAUUCCGACGCCACUGCCACGCUAGCCGCCGGAGCCAUCAGCUCCAAGAACGGCGGCAAAUUCAGCAUAGACAUGACCUCCAGCGUCGGUACCACCCCCGUGCACACACCCAAAAGCAGCUGCGAUUUCGGGUCCGGAUCUUUUUAUUGGUCCUCCAGACCCUCCUCUAGAUCCGGGUCAGGAUCCGGAUCGGAGCUCGGGUAUGGACCUUCUCCAGCACAAGUACACGCAGGGACGGCAGGGUUUGUGAUGUCAUCCACCGUGGAAAGAGCAGGGAGCUGUAGCCAGCCCGAGGUGGAGGUGUGCGCGCAGCACGUGAAGUGCUCCGAGGACGCAGCGGUGUUCGUGGCACUGGCUGCGGCCAUGGAUCUCAGCAUGGACGCUUGCGGAUUGUUCUCUAAGGAGCUCCGAGAGGAGCUUAGGCAGUAGGGUCGGGUUUUUGUCGUUUCGUUAGUUGUUGUUUGUCGUUUUAGGAAUUACCGAGUUGGUUAGGUGUUAGGAUAAUUGGAUUCUUUGAUAACGCUGAUAACUAACAGCAGGUUUUGGAAUUUUUCGAUUAAAUGUUGUACAGUUGGGAAUAAUUAGGCAUACAUUAUCAAUUUUUUUAUUUUUUAA